AGAGUGAUCUAACAAACAACUUGGCUGAAUACUGGCAAUGGGAGACGGUUUCCUAAGUUGAGCGUUCCCCUUCAACCCACUGACUUCAGCGAGGCUGUGAACUGCACAUUGAGGUACAAAGGAGGGAAGGAAGCAACAGGCUCUAUAAUUCCUAUGACCUUAAUAUCACCCUUUCCAUUCUGGAAUCAGGAAUUAGGAAAUGUUUAUUGCCAGAAUAUGUCAGACAUGGAAUUUGACUUGGCGGUUGGUGCAUGACGGCAGACAGUACGACAAUGGUCAACUGACAACGUAGUGCAGGAAUGAGAUAAAAAAUAUAAUGAAAUAAAUGCUAUGGGUUAGUAAGCUAAAGCUAUGGGUUAGUAAGUUAAGAAAUAGAUAAUAAUAAAGAUACAGUGAACCAGCUAACAGAAAGUGACAAGUGAAAGUGACAAAGUGUAUGUGCAUGUAGAGAGUGAGAAUCAGUCAUGGGGGGGACCGAGCUCUGUUGAUGAGCCCGACUGCCGAAGGGAAGAAACUGUUAAUGUGGCGGGAGGUCUUAGUCCUGAUGGACCUCAGCCUUCUGCCAGUUGGAAGGGGCACAAACAGGUUUUGUCCAGGGUCCGGGUAACUAUUUAUCUUGUUUUUUAAGUUGUUCAUUAAAAAAAACUUCUCCCUGACAGCUUCUUUUACCAUCAGUAACAUACAUGUGUUGAUCCAAAUCUCCAUAAAGCAACUGCCAAAUUAGGUGAGAAAACGCAACUGUUCUACAGUAUCAGUCACCAAAAAUGGCAUGUGCUGCACAAGUUCUCCAUCUUUUGAACUUCCUCUUUUAUAGAAAUGCUUUCAGAUAAGAUGACGUUAAAAAACUUUAACAGAAUAGAAUUUUAAAAACUGCUUUUUAUUUUGCUUUUUUAAUUUCCUUUCAGAUAAAGAAAAAUAGAUUUCUAACAGUAAAGACAUGGUGAAGGACUAUGCAUAUUGCCUGUUGAUUUUCUUUCUUUAAUUCCUUGAAUGUUAAAACUCAUAAUAUUGUAUGAUCCGAUGUAAUCAAAAAUAUAUUCACAGAUAAUUAAUAAAUGAAGUUUUCUUUUCAGUACUAAAUGCUGUGAACAGACCGUUUAGCUCGGUGGCGAUCGCCGGAAACCCCCCGGAAAUCCCAAAUGAUCGUUUUGAGGCAAUGCGAGCUUUCGCAAGAAUUCAUUAAUUAAGGUGGACGUCAUGAGGGAUGUGAAUGAAUGAGAUGGUGGGGGACCCAAUGCUGUUUACGUGCACGUACGAAGACCAUUUUUCCUCUACACUGAUGAAAUGUGAUUCAAAACAUCUGGUGCCUACAACUUUUUGUGCUGAAAGGCAGCCAUUUACUUACUAUUUAUAAUAUCUCUGGUAAACGUGUUAUGAAAGCGAUAAGGUACUUGAGGUUGUACUUUAUAUUCAUUAAAGUAACUGUUCAAGGGUUGCCUAACUUCAUCCUCGAACUGUUACAUUAUUGCUUUAAUAUAAGCUUAGUUAAGAGCAGAAGACCAACUGUUGGAUAAACUACAAUAAUGUUCCACUUUAGUACGACAGAGAGUCUGUGCUUUUUCACAUAGAUGCACAUGGUGUUAUGGGUCAUCUGAUGAUCAAGAUGUUUUGUGGUUCGAUGUUUAUAAUCUUUAUAAUCAAAGGCAAUCCAGCACUUGGGUUUUGCCGAAGUUCCCCACCCUUUUUAGCACGUUUAACUAUAUGUUCCUGCUCCAAAGAUGAAACCCUUUGAGUAGGCUUGGCGCAUGACUUGUAUGUGUGUCAACUGUCUCCUGUUUGCAAACAUUAAAUGGUUUGAUUUUACACGCGUUGAGUCGUGUGAGAAUUUUUCUAACCCCAACUUAAAAAUAUGAACAAAAAUCUGAAUUUGUCAGUAGUGUCGUGUGUGAUGUAUUAAAAGAGGAGUGGAAACUGAAAAAGUUACCCCAAAAGGGAAGUGAAUAUGUCCCCUGACAGGCUUAAAAAUAUGUGUCAUAACAUCCACAGCUCAGACCCACAGACAGCGAGAUGGAUUCUGUCAAGUGGCCGAUGCUUUUUUUGAUCCUUUGCUUUAGAGUUACUCAAACUGAAGCUUCAUCCUGGACAAUAAAGGUGCCAUCUUCAGUUAAAGGUCUCCUUGGAUCCAGUGUGGUCAUCCCCUGCUCGUUCAAUUACCCAGAUCCAGGAAAAGAGAUCACUGCAAUCGUGGGGAUGUGGGCCAGGCCGCCAGAUAAGUUCAUCUACCACCCAGACAAGUCAAAAAUGAUGAAGGAUUAUCAGGGUCGAACAGAGCUGCUGGGAGACGUCAGACAGAAGAACUGUUCUCUAAAGAUUGAUCCCCUUAAACCAUGUGACGGAGGGCCUUUUUUUUUCAGGAUUGAAAUGGAAGGCUACGACAAGUAUUCCUACAAAGAUGAGACAUCCAUUGAAAUGAUUAAUGCCCCAGUGAAUGUGAACAUUGAACACAAGUCAGAUGUAACAGAGGGAGAAGCUGUGCGACUGAGCUGCUCUUGUGAUGCUCACCCUCCUGCCAGCAGCUAUCAGUGGAGUGAUGAAACCGGUGCUAAACUGCAUCAAGGAAAUGUCUACAUGCUGCCAAACGUCUCCAGACACACAGGAGCCCUGUUCUGUACUGCCAUCAAUGAAAUAGGACAAGGCAAAUCCAACCCUGUGCGGCUCAAUGUGUUGUAUAUGCCUGAGAUCAAGACUGCCUCCUCCUGCUCUUCAGAGGCAGAUCUGGUGAAGUGCGUGUGCAUUGCAGAGUCCCAGCCCGUCAGUUUGAUCCAUUUUGUGCUUUCUGACAGAGUCCUGCCAGGAGUGAAGGUAGAACAACGUGGCACCAUCACCAUCGGAACUCUGCAUGCAGAGUUUGGAUCGUCUCGGGUUGUUCACUGUGUGGCCAACAACACGCUUGGAAAUGCAAACCUAACACUCUCUUUACCUGUUAACAAUACGAUGCAGAAUCUUUAUAUUGUCGUUGCUUCUGGAGCAGCCGGGAUUUUGGUGACGGUUUUAAUAAUUGUCAGCGUUUUUAAAAAGUGCAAGGGGAAAUCUGCAAAUGCACAAACUGGUCACAUUAACCCUGAGAAGACGGACAAAGACAUGGCGCUCCCUCACUGCUCUGCUACUAAAAGAAAAGAGAAGAGUUGUGAAGAUGUACAUUCUGCUGACAUUUUUGACAACGAUCGUGUCUAUGGCAACAUGGAGACUGACUGCGAUGACAAAAUCUACGCAAAUGUGUAACUUUAUUGAAUUGGUUGGAGGAACAGUUGCAGUCUGGGAAGCUGUCAACACAUUAUAACCCUCUUCUGUUUGUAAGCCAAGUGAGAUUUUUCUCUCUGUAACUCACAAACUAUUCAUGUUGUUGUUGUUCAUUUAAAAUACAACUUCUCCCUGACAGCUUGUUUUAACAUCAAUAGCAUAUUUGUGUUGAUACAAAUCUCCAUAAAACAACUGUGUGAAAACGCCUGUCUAUUAAACAGUAGCAGUCACCCAGAAAAACAUGUUCUGCAUCUUUUGAACUUCCACUUUUAUAGAAACGGUUUCUGAUAAGAUGACUUCUAAGAACAUUAACAGCAAAGAAUCUGGAAAAAUGCUCUUAUAUAGCGAAUAUGUAUACAUUCAAGUAAAGAAAAAUAGAUCGAUUAACAGUUAACACAUGGUGAAGUAUACUAUAAAUAUUGCCUGUUGAUAUUUUUUCUUUAAUCCCUUGAAAGUUAAACCUCCCUGAAACAUUGUAUGAUUUAAUGUAAUUUAAAAUAUUUGAACAAAUAAUAAAAGGAAGUUCUUUGUAUUGCAAAAUGCUUACAAUUUUUGUGUUUACAAAACUGUGUUGGUUCUUAUGUAUUUAUACUGAAAUUCAAUGGUGACACCUUUCUCCAUCCCUUCUGCUUUCACAAAAUCAAACACUUUUUAUCUAAUGGCAUUUCAUUUUAAUGACACAAUGAAUCCUAUUGAAAUAAGCUUGGGUGUCACGUGAUCCAGUAGGUGGACAAUGGCCCUUAGGCUCUUAGUUCAAUGUCUGCCACAAAGUGACUGUCUCAUGCUUCCCCCAACGAAUCCUGCACAAUGGAUGCCUAUAGGUAUUCAUACAGAUCAGUAAAAGACAGUGUCCACACCGCUGGACCUAUAACAACGUGUGGUGCAUUAGAGGUUUUCACACAGUAUUGUGGUGCAAUGAGGUUUUACACCGAAUGGUGCGUUUGUUGUAACUCUGAUUUCAAAUGUUUCUCGGUCGAUAUAAGUGCAGCAGGGCCAAGAUCAUCCUUUGGCCUUAAUGCACAAAGAAGAUGGAUGCCAACUGCCAUAACACCAAAAUAUGAAGAAGAGAUCCUCCUUGUGGCAGUGCCAUGUAAUGGUAAGUCUG